CUGGUGCUGAUUUCUAGGUUGUUGUUGUGCUGCUGCUGCUCCUACAAGAACUGAUUUCGCGUUGGCUUAUCAUGGAUAAAUCAGUCAACCUACGGGUAAGGCUAAGACAAGACGUAUCGUGUCACAAAAAAGUUAGUCAUAACAUAUAAAAAGUUUGCGGUUAAAGUUGUAUAAGUCCUUUUUAGUUGCCACCGAGAGCAGAAGCAAAGGCCUCACUUUAAAAAAUGUGCUGGCAUUAGGUUUUAUGGUUUUAAAAAAUUUAAAUAAAAAACUGGAAGUGUCUGUGUAAAGAUGGAACUUAAAAGAGAUACAACAACAAUUCUAGUCGUCUUAAUGGUGCUGACCUGGAGUCCUGGAACCAACUUAAAAAGCCCCAGUUAUGCACAUACUCAGGAUACAGUGUCUGUGUCUCUGCCCGGCGACAUAAUACUUGGUGGGUUAUUUCCCGUCCAUGAAAAGGGUGAGGGUGCUCCAUGCGGACCAAAAGUAUAUAACAGAGGAGUACAACGCCUAGAAGCAAUGCUUUACGCUAUAGAUCGGGUAAACAACGACUCCAAUAUUCUUCCUGGUAUAACGAUAGGUGUCCAUAUACUUGACACCUGUUCAAGAGACACAUAUGCCCUGAACCAGUCACUUCAGUUCGUAAGAGCAUCCCUUAACAACUUGGACACUUCAGUGUUCGAAUGUUCAGAUGCGUCAAGCCCCCAAAUUAGAAAAAACGCUUCUUCGGGACCGGUUUUUGGAGUCAUCGGUGGAUCCUAUAGUUCAGUGUCUCUGCAAGUGGCCAAUUUGCUGCGUCUCUUUCAUAUUCCCCAAAUAUCACCGGCGUCAACUGCCAAAACGCUAUCAGACAAAUCACGCUUUGACUUGUUUGCUAGAACAGUACCACCGGACACUUUUCAAUCCGUGGCCCUUGUAGAUAUACUGAAGAAUUUUAACUGGUCCUAUGUGUCGACCAUACAUUCGGAAGGAUCAUACGGUGAAUAUGGGAUUGAAGCCUUUCACAAGGAAGCCACCGAACGACAUGUAUGCAUAGCGGUAGCCGAGAAAGUGCCAAGUGCCGCAGACGACAAAGUUUUUGACUCAAUAAUUAACAAACUUCAAAAGAAACCCAACGCUCGCGGAGUUGUACUUUUUACAAGAGCCGAGGAUGCGCGGCGAAUUCUUCAGGCAGCUAAGCGAGCCAAUUUGUCACAACCGUUUCAUUGGAUAGCAAGUGACGGUUGGGGCAAGCAGCAAAAACUACUCGAGGGUCUGGAGGAUAUUGCCGAGGGCGCGAUAACUGUAGAACUGCAGUCAGAGAUAAUCGAAGAUUUUGAUCGCUAUAUGAUGCAGCUGACGCCAGAGACAAAUCAAAGGAAUCCCUGGUUUGCUGAAUACUGGGAGGACACGUUUAAUUGUGUUCUCGAACCCGUUUCAGAGCAGUUUAACGCACCAACCAUGGUUGAUUCUACUGACAUAAAAAUUGGAACCAAGUCUAAAACAACAUGCGAAGAAAAUUUUCGUUUAUCUGAGAAAGUUGGAUACGAGCAGGAGUCCAAGACUCAAUUCGUUGUAGAUGCUGUAUACGCAUUUGCCUAUGCACUGCAUAAUUUGCAUAAUGAUCGUUGUAACAUCCAAAGCGACCAAACGUCCGAACAGCGAAAACACCAACAUAGUGAGUCUGUGUGGUAUAGAAAAUUAACAACUGACACCAAGUCCCAGGCGUGUCCCGACAUGGCUAAUUACGAUGGAAAGGAUUUUUACAACAAUUACCUGUUAAACGUGUCAUUCAUAGAUCUUGCUGGCAGCGAAGUCAAAUUUGAUCGUCAGGGUGAUGGAUUGGCCAGGUAUGAUAUUUUAAACUAUCAACGUCUGGAAAACUCUUCAGGAUAUCAGUAUAAGGUUAUUGGUAAAUGGUUUAAUGGAUUGCAGCUAAAUUCUGAGACAGUUGUAUGGAAUAAGGAAGCUGAGCAACCAACUUCCGCCUGUUCACUGCCAUGUGAGGUCGGAAUGAUAAAAAAACAACAGGGAGAUACCUGUUGCUGGAUAUGCGAUAGCUGCGAGUCAUUUGAAUACGUAUAUGAUGCGUUUACCUGUAAAGACUGCGGUCCAGGCCUUUGGCCUUAUGCAGACAAGCUUUCCUGCUAUGCCUUAGACAUUCAGUAUAUGCGAUGGAACUCGUUAUUUGCCCUAAUUCCCAUGGCCAUAGCAAUUUUAGGGAUUGCUGUGACAAUUAUUGUAAUGGUCCUAUUUGCAAAAAAUCACGAUACUCCAUUGGUAAGGGCAUCAGGACGAGAGCUAAGCUAUACUCUUCUCUUUGGUAUUUUGGUCUGUUACUGCAAUACCUUUGCGCUGAUAGCCAAACCAACAAUUGCCUCAUGUGUUCUGCAGAGGUUUGGUAUUGGUGUUGGCUUUUCCAUCAUAUACAGUGCUUUGCUUACAAAAACCAAUCGAAUCUCACGAAUUUUUCACUCUGCAUCUAAAUCAGCUCAGCGUCUUAAGUAUAUUAGUCCACAAUCACAGGUGGUAAUAACAGCAUCUCUGAUCGCAAUACAGGUACUAAUCACAAUGAUUUGGAUGGUAGUUGAACCACCUGGAACUCGUUUCUAUUACCCAGACCGAACGGAAGUGAUUCUUAAGUGCAAAAUUCAAGACAUGUCCUUCCUCUUUUCCCAGCUGUAUAAUAUGAUUCUCAUAACAAUUUGCACUGUUUAUGCAAUUAAAACGAGAAAAAUACCAGAAAACUUUAAUGAGUCAAAGUUUAUUGGAUUUACGAUGUAUACCACUUGCAUAAUCUGGCUAGCUUUCGUACCCAUAUACUUCGGUACUGGAAAUUCUUAUGAGGUGCAAACUACUACGUUGUGUAUUUCAAUAAGUCUAAGUGCGUCUGUGGCUCUUGUUUGUCUGUAUUCACCCAAGGUAUACAUCCUCGUCUUUCACCCGGACAAAAAUGUUCGCAAGUUGACCAUGAACAGCACAGUCUAUAGGCGAUCAGCAGCAGCUGGAGCACAGGGUGCGCCUACCAGCUCCGGAUAUAGUCGCACACAGCCAGGUACCACUGUACCUACAGGGGCGGUAGGUACUACAGCGUCAAGUGCCCUUCCAACACAAGACAGCCCCAAUCUUGAUGAACUAUCGGGUCAAACGGCUGUUGUUCACAAAAAAAGUGAAUAUGGUAAUGGCGAAUUCUUGUCUGAAGAAGGCGAAUGUGCUGAGCCAAUCAGCAACCGAGUAAAAAAUUGAGAUUCAGUCCGAGAAAUAUCACACUUAAAUAUUUAUUAACAACCGAUGCUUUUUAGAAAAGACUAGUUAUCUUAUGGAAAUAUACAUCUUAAUUUUAGAUUAUACUUCGCCACUUAAAUACGAAAAGUAACCUAAUAAUAUCACGUUUAAAGUAGGGCAAUGCCCAUAUACUAGCAUAGUUUAGUGUAAGAAAAAUCUCUAGAGAUGUAUAAAUUGAGCAGUGCUCCCAUUUGUCAAAAUAGGCAGUACUUUCAUCUGGGAUGAAAAAUAUAAACAAAUUUUAAUUAAAACCACUACACCAUUUUGCUUUCCCUUUACUCAUUAAGUAAAGGGGUAUAUUGAAGGCUAGCAAACCCAUACAAGUAGAAAGAAUCGCGUUAGACCCUGUAAAUCGUGUUCUAUCGGUGGUUGGUUUACGGUUGACAUAACAGAUUUCUGUUGGAAAAGACUUCUACGAUACCCCAGUAUACACAACCAAUUUAUGUCUGCAGACAAAAAAAUUUGCUUGGUAAAAUUAACCAACAAAGAUAGUUACGUAACUAUUAAAAUAGUUACGAGUAU